CCGGCGCCGGCGCGCGCGCUCUUGCUGCGCUUACGCGUCUCGCUGGCCACACGAGAUAAGCCAUAAAUCAACCGCAGAACAACGCGCGACCACUGCCGCCGCAGCCCGCUCGUCCGUGCCGUAAAAACACAAGCCUCCUAAGCCACCACCCGCCAGACUCGGCGCCAGUGCUCCGCCGCCGCAGCGCGCGUACACGUACGCGUCGAGGCCACAAAUGGCUCAGAUGCUCGACCCCGACGCCAUCUUCGCGACGGCGGAACCGACGAGACGGUCCGGCCGCGCGCCGCAGCCGCGGCAGAACUUCGCGCAAGAUGCUUAUAGAGCAGAACGAGAAGAGGAGAAGAAGCGGAAGGCGGCGCUGGCGAAGAAGCCGCGCGGACCUAGUAGACCGGCGCCGCCUCGAAGCAAGUGGGAGAACUACGAGCGGAGGGUGGAUGGCCAAAUCGCGAAGGCGAGGAGCGCGGCCUUUUUCAUCGAGACCUACGCCAUGGACGCGAAUCGCGGUUCUAAAAGAGUGCAGCCCAAGCAAGAAUUAGCGAAGGCGAAGGCUACCCUGAAGGCUGCUCGUUCUGAGAUCCGAAGCGUGCUGGAGGAGGUAGCUUCACUACAUAGUGAGAUACGGUGGGGCACGGAGAAGGAAUUGACCGAGGAGGACAGGAACGCCGACCUCGUCCCGGACGAAGCCAAGAUCCGGGAGGAAGAUCAAAACUUGCCGGGGAUUAAUGUCGAGGAAGUUGCGUGUAGCAUCUGUGGUCAAUACGAGUCGACGGACGAUAAUGAUAUCAUCAUGUGCGACAGAACCAAUUGCUUCCGCGCGUUCCACGUGAAGUGCUGCGAGCCGGUGAUGACCCCCGAAAUGCUCGGUGGUGCGGACGAGGACUGGUUCUGCCACCAGUGUUCCACCAUUGAUAAUAUAGUAGAAAAGGUCAACGAGUACUUCGACAAGAACUACACCUGUGCGGGCUGGAAGGAUGUGUUUGCGAAGGAGGAAGAAGAGGUAAGGGUACCUACCGGGGGUAUCCUCGACAUGGAUUUCGGCUCGGGCGACGACGAGGACGACGAGGAUCAUGUAAGUGGAGAUGAAAGUGACGACGAGGAGGACGACGCGUCGGACGUCGUGAGCAGGUGCUCCGGGGAUGUUGCUUUAGGUGUGAAAGUUCCGGAGGACAAGAUCGACGUCAGAAAUAUUUUAGAAGGUCCUCGGAAGAAGCAGAAGCUCGACUACGCUGCUUUAAAUGCGGCGCUGUCGGACGCGGAGUCGGACGACGGCGGCGCCUUUUAUGCGUCUUUGCCGAAGCCGCGGCCGCCGGACUCGGACGAGGACAAUGGUGGCGGGAACGGCGCGGCGGCGGCGACCGGCGACGGCGACUCGGAGGGCGACUUCGACGCUUGAU